AGCAGAUUAUUAAAAUUAAGUUUAUCUUUAUACAAAAACAUUUCAAGAAUUGCAUACAUUCAGGAUGAGAAAAAAAAAUUGAAAGAAACGUCAACAUAAUGCUGAUUAAAUUUUUUUAAAUUAUAAAAAUUCGAAAAAUUUUACUGGCCAUUUUGUUUUUCUAAAGCUCAAUUACGGUAUGCCGUGGUAGAACAGACCAGCCACUAUUCUGCUUUUGCAAAAUUUAAAAAAUGCUUAUGGUUUUGCUAUACAAUAGUUUAAAAAGUAGCAUUAUUAGGGUUUUGCGAGACUACAACGUUUAUAGGCGGGAAGCUCUCAUAGGGAAAUGAGGCUUUCAUAGGAAGUCAAGGGAGAUAUUGGAGGGGAUAGGUAAAAAUCUUCUUCUUCUAGUAAAAAUUUAUGUACAUAUGAAAUUUCAGUUUUCUAUCCUAAAGGGUGUAGAAGUUUUGUAAACAUGAUAACGGAGGAACGGAAAGAGUGAAAUUAAUAAGCACUUUUUUUAAAAAUUUUUUGGAUAUUCAAAUAUUAUUAUAUUUGAGAAUUUUUUUCAAUGAGUUUUUCUCUUAAAAAUGUCUUGGUCAUUUAAUUUUAUAUCUUGGCCAGUAUGCGACAACUACAUACACUGUGAAUGUUUCUUUAUUUCUUUUUUAAAUUUACAGAUAUGAGAUAAUUCUUAAAAUAAUACAGAACAAAUAUUAAAUUAAAAUUUAGAAAAAGAGAAAAAGAGAGAGAGAAAAAAAGUUUUUUUACUACAAUAACACAAUCUCUCCGUCUCAAUUCUCAAAUUAUAAUUAAUCCGGUCAGGAGAAAUUUUGUUUUGCAAAAACAAAAAUCAAACAAAAACACAACAAAUCAGGUUUUUAAAUAUAAAUUCAUAAAUUAAGAUUUAGUACACUUCAACAUUCGAAAGAGUAAAGAGAAACAAUAAAUAAAAUUAUUAUAUUAAUUUAUUUAAUUAAAAUCAAUUGAAUUGACCAAAUGGCAUUUAAAAAUAAUACACUUACAAAAAUUCCACAUUGUGAAUGGGAACAAUUAAGAGAUUUAUAUAAAAUAGACUGGCUCAAACAUCAUAUUGUUUAUAAUUCAAUUCAAAAUUAUAUAAAAUGGUUUGAAAAAGAUUCCAAAAUUAAAAAUUUAGAAAUAUUUUCUUUAAAUGAUAAUUGGUCACAAGAUGGAACAUUUUUAAUUUUGGAUCGAUACCUUGUACUAGCAAAUACAUUAAACGAUAAUUUAAAUAACUUAAUAACGAUAUUAAAUCUAUUGGAUAAAUCAAGAUAUUAUUAUAUAUUUGGAAUAACUGAAAGAAUACUACCAGCAAUAGAACAAUUUUUUAAAAUCAAUAAUUGGAAAUUUAAUCCGGAAGAGAAUAGAACGGUUUGGCAUAUUUUGGAUAGGAAAUGUAUAGAGAAUUUUGAUAUUAAACCUCCAAAAGGAAUUAUUUUGAAAUCAUUAUCAGAAGAAAAUUCUGGUAUAAUAAAUGAACUUUGGCCUUAUAGUCAUCCGGGAUCUGAAAAUUUCAUAAAACGACAAAUCAAAUACAAUUAUAGUUUAGGAACUUUUAAUGAAAAUUCUGGAGAAUUAAUUGCUUGGUGUCUAAGACAAGGUUAUGGUUCUUUAAUGGUUAAAGCAAUGUCAAAAUUUUAUUAUAACAAUGAAGAAGAUGUUACAGCACCUGUUGUAGCAACUAAUACAGCAUCAAGAAAUAUGUUUCAAAAAUUAGGUUUUAAAGAAUUUGAAAAUAAAAUAAAAUUUUUUGCGAUGUCAUCAUCUUUAGAUCAACUUGUUGAAAUAGAACAAAAUGAUUGGCCUAUAUUACGAGACCUAUAUAAAAUUGAAUGGCCUAAACAUCAUAUUGCAUUUAACAUUAUUCAAAAUUAUAUUAAUUGGUUUCAAAAAGAUCCAAAUGUUAAGUAUAUUAAAGUUUAUUCUUUAAAUGGAGAUUGGAGUGACGGAACAUUUGUAAUUGUGGACAGGUAUAUUGUACCGUUUUGUACUCUUAACAAAAAUUUAAAUCGUCUUACAACAGCACUCAAUCUCUUAGAUAAAUCAAUACCAUAUUAUUUAUAUGGCUAUGUUGAGCGUGUUGCACCGGCUGCUAAGAAAUAUUACGAAAUAAAUAAUUGGAUCUAUGACAAGCAUGUUUGUAAUACAAUUUGGUACCGUAAAAAAAACAAUAAUAAAUUAGAGUUUGAAAUAAAAAUACCAGAUCAUUUAAUUCUAAAACCUUUACAAGAAAACGAUGCUAUAAUCGUUAAUAAUGUUUGGCCUCAUCGUCAUCCUGGUUCUUUGAAUGCCAUUAAACGACUUAUAAGAUAUAAUGAAAGUUUAGGAAUAUUCCGAAAAGAUAAUGAUGAAUUAAUAGCUUGGUGUCUUCGUUUAACUUUGGGCUCACCAGGAUCACUUCAAGUUAAAGAUGAAUAUAAACGUCAAGGUUUAGGUAUACUUCUAGCAAAAGCAAUGUCAAAUAUUUUAAUGAAUCUCGGAAUGGAAAUAGUAGCUCCUGUUGUUGAAGAAAAUGUUGCAUCAAAAAAAAUGUUUGAAAGCCUUGACUUACAAAAAGUUGAUAUGAUUUAUUGUAAUUGGACUGAGCCUCUUAAUCCAAAUAAUGUUUGGGAAGAUAAAGAUUGCGAAUAAUAUAUAAUUUGUGUAGAAAUAUACGUUACAACAAAUUCGUUAUAUAAUAUUUGUUUUUAUUUAAAAAACAACAAAGAAAUUUAAAAUUUUAAUUGGCUCCAAUUUUACAUUCAAAGAAUUUAGUAUAAUUCAUCUAUGAAAAAGCAUGUAAAAAAAUACUGUUUUUGUGUUAGUAAACAAUAUGUGGAACAAAUUCAUUCAUAAGUAAACAUUAAGUAGCACCUUUAUAUGGUUCAUGUAUAUAUUUCCAAAAUUAAUGCAAAUAAACAGUGUAUUUUAUAAAAUAAGUAUUAUAUUAAAAAGAGGGUCUAACGUUUUUCAAAUAGUCAUAGUAUAUAGAAAUCUAAAACUGGAAAACAAAAAUUGAAAUUCAAAAAUUGGCUAAACCAUUUCUUUUUAAUACCCUUCAUUUCGUGUAUAUAUGAGAAUCAUCUCGAAUACGUUAUCUUUAUCAUCUUCUCAACCAUGAACUUCAACUUACCUAAUAUUUUUAUAAAAUAUUUGAUGUUAAUAAAAUAACAAAAAAUAAUUGCAUUUUUAUAACCCGUCUACUAAUUUCUUUCUUCAA